CAAACAAAACGCACUGACGCAGUGAAGCCGUGGACUUGCGGCAACAGUGCAGAGAGAAAAUAAUUGGUCAACUUGAUUCUUCUAGACUCUUUACUGUAAUCAGCCAGUGUUCUUCCAUGACGCCCAGGCAACCCGCCAGUAACAAGGAUGGCCUAACCUUGCCCACGGGGCGCGACGUCACCAUGUUAAAGACAUUCUUGGUCUAUAAAGGAGACAUUCUAGUUUAUCUCCAAACAUUAUUUUUUUAAAUUUAGCUGGAAGAACAGAGCUUUUUGAGACCAAUCAAUUAAACCAUAAAUGAACAAUGGCGCCGAUGAAUGAAAGACAUAUGAACGAUACCUCUAGUAAGGCGUCAGCGAGCCCCGCGGAGCCCAAGGGGAAGCGACCCCCAGUGCUGGUGGACGGGGUGACUCUGAACGGCCCCACGCUGGACAUCCGGGAAGCAGAGAGCUUCCUCAGAGACGCCAUGCCCAUCAUCAUGGAGGAGGCCGUCUGGAAGGCUACUGACGUCAAGGAGAAGGUGUGCGAGUGGCGCUCUCCGGAGCAGCUGAAGGACCUAUUAGACCUAGAGCUGAGGGAAGGAGGCGAGGCACAUCCCCAGAUACUGCAGCGCUGUCGGGAUGCCAUCCGAUACAGUGUCAAGACCGGACAUCCUCGCUUCUUCAACCAGCUCUAUGCAGGCAUGGACCCUUAUUCACUAGUGGGCCGAUUCAUCACAGAAGCCAUCAACCCCAGUCUGUACACGUACGAGGUGGCUCCAGUGUUCCUGCUGACAGAGGAGGCGGUUCUGCAGAAGAUGAUUGAGAUCAUUGGAUGGCAGGAGGGAGGGGACGGCAUCUUCAGCCCAGGUGGCUCUGUGUCCAACAUGUAUGCUGUGAACGUGGCCAGGUACCACCACUGUCCUGAUGUGAAGGUGCUGGGCCUGUCUGCCUUGCCUAGACUGGUCAUGUUUACAUCUCAGGAGUGUCAUUACUCGGUUGCCAAAGCAGCGGCUUUCCUGGGAAUUGGCACCAACAAUGUUUAUGUGAUUCCGUCAGAUAAGAGAGGGAAGAUGAUUCCUGCGGAGUUUGAGAAGCAAGUACAGAGAGCCAAAGAUGAGGGAGCGUUGCCCUUCAUGGUGAACGCCACAGCAGGGACCACCGUACUAGGGGCCUUCGACCCGCUGGAGGAGAUAGCUGACAUCUGUGAACGACACAAUCUAUGGAUGCAUGUAGAUGCAUGUUGGGGAGGAGGAGCCCUGAUGUCUAAGAAACACAGAUACCUGCUGCAGGGCAUUCACAGAGCCAACUCAGUAGCAUGGAAUCCUCACAAGAUGCUGAUGGCUGGUCUACAGUGCUGUGCAUUCAUGGUUCGGGACAAAACGAAUCUUCUCCAGCGGUGUCACUCGGCCCAGGCCUCCUACCUCUUCCAGCAGGAUAAGUUCUAUGACGUCAGCUAUGACACGGGAGACAAGUCCAUUCAGUGCAGCCGCAAGCCCGACGCCUUCAAGUUCUGGCUGAUGUGGAAAGCCAUCGGCACCAAGGGUCUAGAAGAGAGAGUGGAAAGAGCCCUCGCUAUGGCCAGAUAUCUGGCAGAGGAGAUCAAGAAGAGAGAUGGAUUCCGUCUUGUGAUGGAGCCGGAGUACACCAACGUCUGUUUCUGGUACAUUCCUCCCAGUCUGAGGGACAUGGCUGACGGACCUGAGUUCUGGAGAAAUGUCCAUGCGGUGGCGCCAGUGGUUAAGGAGCGCAUGAUGAAGAAGGGCUCUAUGAUGGUAGGCUACCAGCCCCAUGGAGACAAGGCUAACUUCUUCAGACAGAUCAUCAUUAGCCCUCAGGUCAGCAGAGAAGACAUGGACUUUCUGCUGGACCAAAUACACAGCCUGGGGAUGGACUUAUGAUCCCACGAGGAAUACCUACAAAAUGGCACCCUCUUCCCUCAAUGAGCCCUGGUCAAAAGUAGUGCACUAUACAGGGGAUUUGGGGUACCAUUUUGAACAAAACCCAAAUGGUCAUGUUCAGUUGGCACGAAACAGGAGAUCCUGUUUUGAAACUGAGUGAAACGGAAGAGGUGGUACCCCAACGUCCUAUAGGAAGUUUCCAAACGUCCUAUAAGAAGUUUCCAAACGCCCUAUAAGAAGUUUCCAAACGUCCUAUAAGAAGUUUCCAAACGUCCUAUAAGAAGUUUCCAAACCAUCCUAUAAGAAGUUUCCAAACCAUCCUAUAAGAGGUUUCCAAACCAUCCUAUAAGAAGUUUCCAAAACAUCCUAUAAGAAGUUUCCAAAACAUCCUAUAAGAAGUUUCCAAAACAUCCUAUAAGAAGUUUCCAAACGUCCUAUAAGAAGUUUCCAAACGUCCUAUAAGAAGUUUCCAAAACAUCCUAUAAGAAGUUUCCAAAACAUCCUAUAAGAAGUUUCCAAACAUCCUAUAAGAAGUUUCCAAAACAUCCUAUAAGAAGUUUCCAAAACAUCCUAUAAGAAGUUUCCAAAACAUCCUAUAAGAAGUUUCCAAAACAUCCUAUAAGAAGUUUCCAAACGUCCUAUAAGAAGUUUCCAAACGUCCUAUAAGAAGUUUCCAAACAUCCUAUAAGAAGUUUCCAAAACAUCCUAUAAGAAGUUUCCAAACGUCCUAUAAGAAGUUUCCAAAACAUCCUAUAAGAAGUUUCCAAAACAUCCUAUAAGAAGUUUCCAAAACAUCCUAUAAGAAGUUUCCAAACAUCCUAUAAGAAGUUUCCAAACGUCCUAUAAGAAGUUUCCAAAACAUCCUAUAAGAAGUUUCCAAAACAUCCUAUAAGAAGUUUCCAAACAUCCUAUAAGAAGUUUCCAAAACAUCCUAUAAGAAGUUUCCAAACGUCCUAUAAGAAGUUUCCAAAACAUCCUAUAAGAAGUUUCCAAACGUCCUAUAAGAAGUUUCCAAAACAUCCUAUAAGAAGUUUCCAAACAUCCUAUAAGAAGUUUCCAAACAUCCUAUAAGAAGUUUCCAAACAUCCUAUAAGAAGUGUGUUAACUUGUUCUCUUAUUUGGUGCCCCAGGGCUGUGCAGAAGCCUCAGCAUGUCAUCCUUCCAUUGCCCGUCUCCAUAAAGUGCUCUAACGAUGACCUGUUUCUGCUAUUCACUAUCGAUUCCAUUUGUAAUUCUGAGGACAGGCAGUGUGUCCGUCCAUGAGACUGUAAACACAGUAGCUUGUUGACGGUUUUGAGGGCUCAACCUCUUUAUAGGAACCAGUUUCAGAUUAAAUUAAAAACUGAAAAGUCAUUAUCCUUUUAUGUCAAUGUGAUUUAUUUUUUAGAGUAAUAUAAUAAAUACUGUUUAAAAUAUAACUGCUGUUAGAAAACGAGGCGUGCAACUUUUAGUAAAAGCUGAAAUGUUCUGAAGAUAGUUUAGGAGAUAUGAUUUUAAGCGAUACCGAUUGAUUGUAAAGAGAUUUAUAUAAAUAUUAAUAUAUGUGGGUUAUCUGAUGAGAUUAAUAUAUAAUCUUUAGAGAAUACUGAUGUGUAAUGUGAUGAAAGAGCUUUAAAUUGAUUUUAGUUCUUUAUUUUCAUUUGGAUUUUCACUUUUGAAUUAAUUUUCUUCCACACGCAUUAACUUUGACGAUUUAAAUUUUUUAAUUUUUUUUUUUUAAAACAUAGCACACCUAGUGCCUGAAUACUGUGAGUCCACCUACAUAAAUCAGACAGAUCUUAAAAUGGCUACCGUUGUUAUGUUGAAUAAACAGUUGUUGUUUACUUUACUUAAAGCCAACAGAUUAAAUGCUUUCUUUCUGGUUUUAAACGGACUCAAAAUGCCUGUUAUUUAGUCAUUUACUACGAGACGAUAAUAAGACGAUAUAAGUGGUCAAACCUUAAUGCAUUACAGUUGCUUUAUAAUGCAUUAUACCAGUUGGCUUUAUAAGGAAUUACAGUUGCUUUAUAAUGCAUUAUACCAGUUGGCUUUAUAAGGAAGGUGUUUUGUGUUUGUAGUUUGCCGUCAAAGAGAAUGGUGUUUACUUUAAACUUGUACGAAGUUCUGGGUACAAUACUAGGAUACGUUCUGUAGCAUACCUCAUAUCGUAUUCUGGCAAGACAUUCUGUUUUCUCUUGUUGUUUUUGUUUUGUUCCAAUAGCAUUUUGUUCAGAUAUGUUGUCUGAAAAAAGCCUGUAUGUUUUUUUUGUAGAUGGAGGUUUCACUGAGAAUGAUUUCUUUUUCUUUUUCAGUGAAAAUAAAACCAUUUGUUUACUGAA